AUGGGGAAAGCUGUGAUCCAGAUGGUUCUGGUGCUGGUGUUCCUUCUUUUGUUCCGGCAUCAUACUAUUUGCAAGACACAUUCUACUCUUUGCACCAUCUAUGAUAAGCCUAUUCCUCAUGAAUUUUAUCAGCCAGGGCACCUUGUCUUUGGUAAGAUAGCUUCUCAUAUCUUCUUGUACGAAGAAACUCCCUUGUUUGUGGAACAGCCCAAAUGGACGUUGAUUGGUGAACCUAUUUCAGUCCCAAAGUUCUACCAGCACAUCUUGGCAUUGACAUUUGCCAUAAAAGAGAUCAGUGAGAACCCCAUCUUCCCACUGAACCUCACUUGGGGUUUCCACAUCCUCAACUGCUACUACCUUCCAAAGGUGACCUACAAGGCUACUCUGAGCUUACUUUCGACACAACAAAGGAACUUCCCCAAUUUCAAGUGUGGUAUCUCAAACAAUCUUGUUGCUGUCAUUGGGGGACAUGCCUCUGAAGCUUCGACCAUUAUGGCCACCAUUUUAGCCAUUUACAAGAUUCCACAGUUCAUUUAUGGAACAUUUCCUCCACUGGAGGGGGGUCAACUGCUAUUCCCUUCCUCCUAUAAGAUGGUCCCAAAUGAAGCCUACCAGUACAUGGGGGUUAUCCGCUUACUUCACCAUUUUAGAUGGACAUGGAUUGGGCUUUUGGCUGUGGAGGAUGAUGCUGGGGACAGGUUUUUGCAGACCGUGGUUCCUUUACUUUCACAACAUAGGAUCUGUACUUCCUUCACGUUAAGAACACCAAAAAGGACUUAUAUGGACAUGUAUCUUGAUGUUUUCGCAACACUGCUGGAGCAAUAUCCAGUUCUCCUGGAGAGCAAAGCCAAUGUAUAUUUUGUAUAUGGAGAGGCUAAUCUUCUACAGAUUUUGAGGAUGGUAUUCCUUACAGCAGAAAUGUCUUCAUUGCCACCUCUCCACAAAGUGUGGAUUGUUACUUCCCAAUGGGAUUUUGAAUCACUAUCCAUGCAAAGGAUUUGGGACAUAGAAACUUUUCAUGGUGCCAUAUCCUUUGCCGUUCACUCUAGUCAGCCACCAGGAUUCAAAGAAUUCCUUCAAGGUAUCAAACCUUUACACAGAGAGAAAAAUGGCUUUAUCCAAGAAUUCUGGGAACGGGCAUUUAAUUGUUCAUUGAAAAAUUCCAAUGCGCAUCAGGAGAGCAAGACAACCUGCAGUGGGGAGGAAAAGCUGGAGGACCUUCCUGGGGUUUUGUUUGAAAUUAGCAUGACUGGCCACAGCUACAAUGUGUACAAUGCGGUCUAUGCUGUGGCACAUGCUUUACAGGCCGAGUAUAGCUCUGAAUCAAGGCACGGAAAAUUGGUUCAGGGAGGGGAGCUGUUGUCUUGGAAUAUUCAGCCGUGGCAGUUCCAUCGCUUCCUAAGAAACAUAUUCUUCAACAACAGUGCUGGGGACACAGUGCAUUUCAAUGAAAAUGGGGAAUUAGUUGAAGUUUUUGAUGUAACCAACUGGGUGACUUUCCCAAAUGCCUCGUUUGUUAGAGUAAAAGUGGGAAGGCUGGAUCCUCAGGCUUCUCCAGGCCAAGAGUUAAUUCUGAAUGAUGCUCAGAUAGUGUGGCACAAAGGCUUUAACCAGACCCGAACUAAAAGCACCAUUAAAAACAAAACAAAACUGCACAAUCCUAGUGAGGAUAUCUCAGCGUCUUCACAUGCAAGUCUUCUCUAUGAUACAGAUAUGGAUUACUGUGUCAACUGUCCAGAAGACCAUUAUUCUGACCACCACCACAACCAAUGCUUUCCCAAGAUUACAGUCUAUCUCUCAUAUGAAGAACCAUUUGGGUUCUUCUUAGCUAUGUUGGCUAUUGCUUCCUCUCUGAUCACAGCUUUGGUCUUCGAAAUCAUCAGGAAACACAAGGACACUCCCAUUGUCAAAGCCAACAAUCUGAGCCUCACCUACAUUCUGCUGUUUGCUCUCUUUCUUUGCUUCCUGUGCACUUUGCAGUUCAUUGGAAAGCCUGGGAAAGUCAGCUGCCUUUUCCGACAAACUGCUUUUGGCAUUGUCUUCUCUGUGGCUCUUUCGAGUGUCAUGGCCAAAACCAUCACUGUGAUUCUGGCUUUUAUGGCUACCAACCCAGCAUCCCAGGGGAGGACAUGGAUAAUGAAAAAAAUAGCAAAUUCUAUUGUCUUUGCCUGCUCCUUCAUUCAGCAAUUGUAUGGCAAAGACAUUACAGUGAGUUUCUUACAUGCCACCUUCAGCUCCAAUAACGUGGUCUCUAUAAGACAGUUGCUUUGA